AUGGCGACGAGUGAGCGACAGAUCAACGUCGCACGCAGCGACCACUCCGUGGUCGAUAAUGAAUUCGACUCGAUGCGCGAACGGUUCGAAAACGAAAUGCAUCGAGUUGAAGCCGAAAUGCAGCGACUUCGACACGAGUUCGAGGGCUACAAGCCCAACCAGCAGUCCACCUAUCACUCGGUUGGGAAUGGAGCGGCGGUGAAUGCGCCCAUCGACAGAUAUAACACCACGUCUAGCCAGAGCUGUAAGUUGGAGUUGAGCUGGGGAUUUUUGUCUUUGAGGUGUAAUAAGGUAAAGUUAGGGUUAGGUUAAGGCAGCGUAAGACAAGGGUAAGGUAGGGUAGGGUAAAGUAAAGUAGUGUAGAACAGAGGGCAUGGUAGGGUAGAGUAAGGUAGAGUACAGCAAAGUACCUUAGGGUAUGUAAGGAUACCCUAGGGUAGGGUAAGAUAAAGUAAAGUAAGAUAUCUUAAGAUACUGUAGGGUCCGGUAAAGUAUCUUAGCGUAGGCAAAAAUACCCUAGGGAAUGCUAGAGUAGAAUAGCCUAUCCCAGACCGCCCUACAACACUUAUCCCACCGUAAUCAAACCCCUACCUUCUAAUCAUCUUCAGACCUUUAUCUACCGUAUCAGACACUACCCGUGCCCACCCCUCUUUAACCUUUUUCCAACCUCCAUCCUACCGUACCCCAAGACCGACCCCUUAUGCACUAUUAACACCCCAUCCUCCUCCUCAAAAUGUCAACCUUUGCAAUGUAUCCUAAUCUUUCUUUAUGACAUUUGAAACACUCCUAAUCCUUCUUUAUAUUAAUGAAACGCCUAUUGAAAAACAGCCGAUAAAAUUGUACAAAUCUUUGACAUUUCCUACAAUCCCUCAGUUUUAAAAUGCCAAAAAGAGAGCGAACGCCAUUAUUAAACAGCUAUAAAUUAGCGUUCCACUGUUUCAAGAGAACGUUCUCUGAAACCGUACCAAGUUUUAAUUAUUAACACGGUGAGAAAGAAGAAGAGGGGGGUGGGGGAGGGGUGGAGAAGAUAUUGUACUGUAGACGAAAUCAGGGCAAAUACCAAUUACUGUGUGGAAUGCUUGAGUUUAAUGGUUUUAUAAUGACUAAUGUACAGGGUGUCCAGAGAAAAGUAAAAGAAAGUCCAGGCUUCGUUCUCAAAAACUAGAAGUCCAGAUUGGCUGAUUCUUUUUUUGUUAAGCUUCUAAUAGCAUGCGGAUUUGUUCUGUAUGAUUUUUUUGAUCAUUCGGCGGAGGCUCGGCGAAGACCGGCGGACGGUAUUUUUAAUGUUUUCAUGGCUAUUCCAACCUGUUUCGUAUUGCUACUCAUGUUUUGGCCAUUUUUCAAUUCAAUUUUAAAAUUUUAUUAAAAUUUGGUACAAUCGGCGGAGAAACCCGGCGAACGCCAUAACUCAGCCAAGUAUUGAUAUUUUUUUUCCAAACAAAAACUAACAUUUUCUAUGUUUCUUUGCCAUAAAAGUGGACUAAAUUUGGUAAUUUUUAAACUUGUGCACAAAAAUCGGCGGAGAGCACGUUUGUCGGCGGAGGCCAUAACUCUGUUCGAAGUCAAUAUUUUGACUUCAAUCAAAAAACAUUAUGCUUGUAUGAAAAUCUUCUUUAAAAUGAUAGAGUUUGACAAAAUUUAAACAAAAAUUAAAGAAUCGGCGGAGGGUAGGUUUAUCGGCGGAGGCCAUAACUUCGUUCAAAGUCAAUACUUGAACUUGAAGCAAAAACCAUUACGUUCGUAUACCAAUUGUCUUGGUACAUAUUAGUUAAGUUAGUAAAUUUUUACAAAAAAUAUCUUGUUGAUACAAAUAAGGUUGCGGUCUCUUGACGUUAAAAGCAAAUGUGUAACAAAAUUUCUUUAUGUUAAAGAAGUAUCACAUACAAACACACUGUUUUUUGUUUGAAAUAAAAAUAUUGACUUUCAACAAAUUUAUGGCCUUCGCCGAUAAACAUACUCUCCGCCGAUUUCUCAGUUUUUAUUUGAAGGCAAUCAAAUUUUAUUAUUUUAGAGGAUAUUCACAUACAAACAUGAUUAUUUUUGUUUGAAGUCAAAAUAUCGACUUUGAACGAAGUUAUGCCCUCCGCCGAUAAACGGGGUCUCCGCCGAUUCUUCCGUUUUUGUUUAAAAUUUGUAAAAAUUUUUUAAUCUAAAGAAGAUCUUCAUAAAAACAUAAUGGUUUUUGUUUCAAGUCAAAAUAUGGACUUUGAACAAUGUUAUGGCCUCCGCCGAUAAACAGAGUCUCCGCCGAUUCUUUAAUUUUUGUUUAAAUUUUGUCAAACUCUAUCAUUUUAAAGAAGAUUUUCAUACAAACAUGAUUAUUUUUGUUUGAAGUCAAAAUAUUGACUUUGAACAGAGUUAUGGCCUCCGCCGAUAAACGUGCUCUCCGCCGAUUUUUGUGCACAAGUUUAAAAAUUACCAAAUUUAGUCCACUUUUAUGGCAAAGAAACAUAGAAAAUGUUAGUUUUUGUUUGGAAAAAAAAUAUCAAUACUUGGCUGAGUUAUGGCGUUCGCCGGGUUUCUCCGCCGAUGGUAUCAAAUUUUAAGAAAAUUUUAAAAUUGAAUUGAAAAAUGGCCAAAACAUGAGUAGCAAUACAAAACAGGUUGGAAUAACCAUGAAAACAGUAAAAAUACCGUCCGCCGGUCUUCGCCGAACCUUCGCCGAAUGAUCAAAAAAAUCAUACAGAACAAAUCCGCAUGCUAUUAGAAGCUUAACAAAAAAAGAAUCAGCCAAUUUGGACUUCUAGUUUUUGAGAACGAAGCCUGGACUUUCUUCCACUUUUCUCUGGACACCCUGUAUUGUAGAGUAUAGUUAUGUUCUUAGUCAGCACUUCUGACCAUGUUCGUAAAAUGAGGUAGGGUUAACGGUAGGCUUUAUGGUAGGGCUAAAGUAAGGACAUAGUAAAGAUAAAAAUAAGAUUAUCUUUAGAAGGCUAGGACAAGCCUAGGACAACCUAUAGCAGAGCUAGAGUAGGGCUAGAGCAGAGCUAGAGACCGGCAACGGCUAGAGCUAGGGCAGGGUCAGGAAGCAGUGAAGUUAUAGGUAGUAGCAGAGAUAAACUAUAAGGUAGGAAUUUAAAAAAAAGGUAAGAUAGAAGUAGGGUAAGGGUAAAGUUAAAAGCAGAGGUAAAAGUAUUAUAGAAAUGUGGAUAGGGGUAGGGGUAAAGAAAAAACAUAGUUUAAAAAUGUUUUAGGCUUCAUAAAGAGACAAUUUUAACGAUUUUUCUAGCCAUAUCUUACCAUAUGGUCAGAACAAUCGUAAAAUUGAGCUUUUUUUGAAGCCCAAAACACUUCCAAAUCAAAUUUGAGGUACUUGCAGUAUCUAAAUUUGUUAAUCUAUCUCAAUAUCUUGUCAUUCUUUUCGGCUUUCUUUGCGAUUUUUAAAAUUUUCCCCAAUUUUUCAACAUGAUAGCCAAUUAUUUUUUCAAUUUUAUAACCUUUAUACCUAUAAAUCAACCAAUUUUUUAAACAUUAUCUCACCAGACCACCCCACAUUAUCCAUGAAAAGUGUUUUUUUAAAUGAUCAAACUCUCUUUUAUUUAAUGUCAAAAGCCCUUCUUUAUAAUAUUUAUUAUGUAUAGCAGGCAGUGAAGUUGGAAGAGUAUUAUGACUUCACUUCAAAGUAUUAUUUUUGAAUUUGAUUGUAAUAGUUGUUUGAUCAGUUAGGUUGUAGUUAUUAUAGUUUUUGACUGUUGGAGGGUAGUAAAGGGGAGGGGGGAGGGUGAUUAGAGUAAGGAUAGAAGAAGGGUAAAGCUGAAUGUUUAGGGUAGGAGUAAAAGUAAGAACAUGGGUCGGGGUAGGGUUAAAAAAAGGAGGGGAGAGGGAGUAAUCAGCAAUUUUUUUUUAAAAAAAAGCAAAAAAAAAUUUUUUUUUAAUUUUUAACAUGAUCCCCUUAUCAAAAAGGUUUUAAAAGACCUGAAAAAAUUUAACCUUCCCCCCCCCCCCCAAAUGGUAAAUAAUAAUAUUUUUUUCACAGCCUCUGAAGAGUAACCCCCCCCGAACCUCUACGCGCCCUACCCUACGCUGUCCUACCCUACCUCUACCUCUUUUUCUCCAGCCAUAAGGUCCAAAAUCACCCCCACCCUACUCCAAAAUCAAUACCAUAACCCCUACUACCCAUCCUAAUACGAUCCAAGCACUUGCAAAACCUUAAUGCUAUUAUGCGAUUCCUGAACUCCGGCCGCUCUUUGUUUGUUUGUAGGGGAAUUUUUGUCUCCACGCAGAAAAAUUGGAAGAUAUUUUAAACAAAAAAAAACCGAAGUGGGUGCUGUUUAUGUCCUCCGGGAAGGGGAAGAAAGGCGACGAACACGAAGACGCCCUGUUGGGGCCGCGGGGGAACAUCAAACACAAAUUCCUACAAGGUGUUCCACGUGAAAAAAAACGAAACUUGGCAUGACGGGAGGGGAGAAAUGUAUGGGAAUUUGGAAAGGGGAACGUAAAUGAGGGAGGGGGAGGUGGCAGGGGGGAGUUAGGAGUAGAGAAGGCAGGUCAUAAGGAAUGAAAAGGUAGGAAGAAGGGAAUGGAAAAGGUUGGCCAAAAAAGGUUUGAGGAGUUUAGGUAAACAAGCAAAAACAUGACAAAUUAUAGAAUAAUAAUGCUUUUUGGAAGCUUUGAGAGUAGGGUAAGGUAAGGUAGGUGAAGUAGGGUAGGUGAGGUAAAGUAAGGUAGAGCAGGAAAAGCAGCGUGAAUUAAUGAAAAGCAAGGUCGGAGUAGAUCUUGAGACUUGCGCAAGGACAAAGCCGACCAGAAAAAUUUUGGUUUCUGGAAGAUGGGGAGGGGGUAAUUUAAAAAAGAUUUUUUUCUAAAAUUAACAGAACGACCCAAGCUUAAAAUUUUUCAAAAAUUUUUUUUUUUAAUUUUUUGGAGGGGCAAGGGUUGGUCAAAAUAAUGUUUUUUUUGCUCAAUCUAGUACUCUAAAAUCAUUUUUUUUUCACGCCUUUUUAAAAAAUGAAAAAACAAAUAUCUUCUUUUCGAAACAAUGUUUUUUUUUCAAUUUUAAUCCGCCUUACAAAUUUUUUAACUUUCCCUUUUUAAAUUGUAAUUUAGGCCUGCCUUGAACUUUAUAUUCCUUUUUUUCAAAUUCUAACCCCAAAACAUUUUCAGCCAGACCAAUUGGUGGUGAUUUAAUGGCAACUCGGCCAGCCUAUGACCCGUACCUGGACAACUUGCGCAGCCCAUUGAUCAAGGACGAGAGUGAUGGAAAGACCCUGCGUUUGCGAUUCGACGUAGCCCAAUACCGACCAGAGGAAGUGACCGUUAAGACUGUGGACAACCGGCUUUUGGUGCACGCCAAGCACGAGGAAAAGAGCUCUUCGCGAACGGUGUUCAGAGAGUACAAUCAGGUGAGUUUUACGCUGUUUAUCGGGCAUGGGUAAGGCAAAAGAGCAACAUUAGGACCAUGAUAGUUCGGGCUAAGGCAAGGAAUUCGCAAAAGUGGAGCAAGGGUAGAGCCAGAGUAAGCCGUGUUAGCUGGGAUAGGACCAGGGUAAGAAAGAAUAAAGCUAUGGUAAGCCAACAGCAGGACUAAAGCUUACCUAGGGCAGAGCCAGAAGGUUCAGGGCACCGCUAGGGACAGCCUAGGAAAAAAAAAUUAAAAAAUAAUUUUUUUUAAUUAAAUUUUUUUCAGGAAUUCAUGCUGCCUCGCGGCACCAACCCCGAACUGAUCAGCAGCACGCUCAGCACGGACGGCGUUCUCACGGUGGAAGCCCCAUUGCCACAAUUGGCCAUUCAGCAAUGA